ACUCGGGGAACAGUGGGAGCGCCUGCACGGUGAGGGUCGAAGCCUCGUGCGGGAGCCUCGUGGGACAGAGAGCCUCGACCCCUGGGGCUGGAGUUCGCGGUGCAGAUGACCUGUCAGAGCUGUGUGGACGCUGUGCGCACGUCCCUGCAAGGGGUGGCAGGUGUUCAGAGUGUAGAGGUGCAGUUGGAGAACCAGAUGGUCCUGGUGCAGACCACCCUGCCCAGCCAGGAGGUGCAGGCCCUCUUAGAAGGAACGGGGCGGCAGGCGGUCCUCAAGGGCAUGGGCACUGGCCUAUUGCAGAAUCUGGGGGCAGCAGUGGCCAUUCUAGGGGGACCUGGCCCUGUGCAAGGGGUGGUGCGCUUCCUACAGCUGACCCCUGAGCGCUGCCUCAUUGAGGGAACCAUUGAUGGCCUGGAGCCUGGGCCACACGGACUCCACGUCCAUCAGUUUGGGGACCUCACAAGGAACUGCAACAGCUGUGGGGACCACUUUAACCCUGAUGGAACAUCUCAUGGGGGCCCCCAGGACUCUGACCGGCACCGGGGAGACCUGGGGAACGUCCACGCUGAUGCUCAUGGCCAAGCCGUCUUCAGGAUAGAGGAUGAGCAGCUGAAGGUGUGGGAUGUGAUUGGCCGAAGCCUGGUUAUUGAUGAGGGAGAAGACGACCUGGGCCGGGGUGGCCAUCCCUUAUCCAAGAUCACGGGGAACUCAGGAAAGAGGUUGGCCUGUGGCAUCAUUGCACGCUCUGCUGGCCUCUUCCAGAACCCCAAGCAGAUCUGCUCCUGUGAUGGCCUCACCAUCUGGGAGGAGCGAGGCCGGCCCGUUGCUGGCCAGGGUCGAAAGGAGCCGGCUCAGCCCCCUGCGCACCUCUGAGCAGGGCCUCAGCCUCAGGUCCUCACUGUCCUCCACUGGAUGCCAUGCUCCUCCAGGGGCGGGGAGGCCCUUCUGCCCGGCCCGAGGAGAACGAGGGCCUGGGGUGUGCAGGGGUUGCUGUGAUGCUCCCUUAGCAAAUUAAAAUUUUAUUUUCAUAUGGAA